GCCAGUUCUACCAUUUACCAGGAUCAUGGAUGAUCUUCUACCUCGAUACCAUAGUAACAGGAGCAGAGCACGCUGCCACGUCCUGUGUGACACUCUGUGAAACCAGUUUUAUCAAUGAGAGGACUGUAAUCACUGAGUGACUCCCUGUCGAUUACCUUCUGUGCGAAACAUUGCUUUGGAAAGCCUUCCCCAUUAGCUGCUGAACCUGGCUGCUGGCUUUUCGUGAUUCACGGAUGAAGACUCUCAAAUCCCUCGGUUCUGCAGUGUUCCGCAGUUAUGUUUGGUGUUAAGGACCCUGUCCAUCAGGUUUUUUUCGAGAGUGUGUGGCUAAGAUGGUCCCGGGAUUUCCUUUGCAAUAAUGACCCACAAUUCUAGUAAGAUUCCAGCCUGUAACAUAAGCUAUGACCAGGGCAGCGUGCCACUGGUCACUGUCUACAGCUUGGUACUUGCUAUCGGGGCCCCUGCCAACCUGGUGACCUUGUUCCUGUCCCUGAUAAAGAUCUGCAGGAAGAAUGUCCUCUCGGUUUAUCUGUUCACCCUCUCGCUGUCUGACCUGCUGUACAUGGGCACCAUUCCCCAGUGGAUCAUAUACGUCAAGAACCACAAUAAGUGGACCCAGAGUGACACAGCAUGCCAGAUGACUGGCUUCAUCUUCUUCAACAACUUGUACAUCAGCAUCCUCCUUCUGUGCUGCAUCUCGACUGACCGCUGCCUGGUUGUCCUCUACCCUAUCGAGUCCAAGUGGCGCCGUCGGCGAAGGACAGCGGUGGCGGUGUGCUUUGCUGUCUGGCUCCUAGUGAUGGUGGUCCACCUGCCUGUCUUUUUCCUGUCAAGUGUGAAGAAUGUCAAGGACAAGAAUGACUCAUGCUUUGAGACCAUCCCCAUGCCCCCACUAGUGGCCAAGUUCAACUAUGCCCGAUUCUGUGUGGGCUUCUGCAUCCCCUUGUUCAUCCUGGCCCUCACCAACCUGUUGAUCUUCCAAAGGAUCCAGGCCAGCCCAUGCCUCAGCCUCCGUGAAAAAUCCAAGGUGAAGUACCUUGCCAUCGCCAUCAUACUGAUCUUCCUUGGUUGCUUUGCCCCGUACCACAUCAUCCUCCUCGGCAGAGCCAUCGUCUUCUCCCUGUAUCCGGACAGCUGCUGGUUUGAGGAGAAGAUCUACAGCGUGUCGACCCUCUUUCUCUGCCUCUGCACCAUUAACAGCGCCAUCAACCCGAUCCUCUACAUGUUCUCCUGUGAGAGUGUCAGGCAGGAGCUCUGUAGAGAGAUCCAGUCCAUCAGAAACUGCUCCAGUCGCCGUAGCAACAGGUCAGAGAGUUACAUUCUGAGAAAUGGGCAGAUAUCAGGCACGUCCAUGUACAGAAUAGAACAUGUUACCACUGAAAACUGACCUGAGAUUGGAUAAAGAACUUGCAUAUGGUGACUGACAUUUAACGUAAACUCAUGUUCUCAAUUAAACACGACUGGAUUGCAGAGUAAACUCCAAUAGGGUCAUGUUAGUGGUCAGCUGGGAAUGCUAUGCAAAUUUCUGUGUGCGCACAAAACAAUAGAGCCUUCCACCAGUUCCACAUGGUCUGGAAAUGACCCGACAAUUCCCUCUCAGUAUUGCUAAUGAAGCUAAUGUGCUGGAGCCCCUUGUCUAACUACCUCGACCCAGGGCCAAUGGGGAAGGAGAUUGAGGUCAGGAGGUUACAUUUGCUCCCCGUCUCACCUGAAGGUAGUCUUGAGACUGUGCCAGGUGAUGUGGACAGCGUACUGGAAUAUGGCCCGCGUUUCCGGUGGUUCGUCUGUCACUACAGGAUUAUCACGCUGAGAAUCUUUGGGAGUGAUAGUUGACAGGGGAUGGUGUGACUCCAAAGGGAAAAUUAUUCAGAGCAAGCUAUGUGUCCUGUCACCAAAUCUACUGCUUCCUUCGUCUCUGGGGACAAUGAGCAAAGGAAUGUGGGUCAGUCAGCCUGACUCCAACCACUCCAACAUCAAUUUGACCAACCUUCGUACGAUCACUCCGUAAUACCAGCAAUAGUCAGGUGUUGUCUACAGCCUGUCUGAGAAUCUAGUCAAAGGAUUGUAACUUUGGGACAGUCUGGAUCAAUUCCCAAAGGGCUCAUAACAGUUAGGAUCCAGAAUUCAGUCGAGAUUGACAGUUUCAUUCAGGGACGUAUUGUUCACUAGGACAACUAGAUUUUUGAAGGUUUUUAACAGUCAUGGAAACAAGCAGAAUCCAAUCAGCCAACAAACCUGCCAUUCUGUGAGAUGGUGGCUGACCUUAUUAAUUUCCCUGAGUUAGCGCUACAUUUUUGUACACUGUUGACCAGCAAAAAUCUAUCAAUCUAAAAUUUAAUGUUAUCCACUGAGUGAACAUUGCUUGUAUUUAGUGCACACAGUUCCCACUUCACGCUGUUUUCAUGAACACAAGGUUCCUAAAUUCCCUCCUGAAUAACCUGACUCUGGGGUUUAAGGUUGUAACAUCUUAAGAAGUAGGAGCAGGAUCUUCUUACUCUGUUCCUCAAACCUGCCCCACCAUUCAAUACGAAUCAGAGAUAGUAGGAACUGAAGGGUCU